GUUUCUGGUUGCGGGACAUCACCGUGUUGUUGUGUUUUGUCGAGUGAAAACUGCGAUUGUAGCCGGGGCUGCUGUCCAGGAAGUAGGGCGCUGUGCGCUGGUUCUCUUGCCCAUAUAUGGAAGAGGCGGUGACAGAGCACACCUGGUGGGGGUGAGACAGAGGUAAACAGGCUGAAGGAGAAGGUGCUGCAGCAGAACCAGGGAGCCGGCGGGCCCUCAGAGGACCUGGACCUGGCCAAGGAUGAAGCUUCACGAGCUCAGGAGAGCUUAAAGAUCCUGACAGAGAAGAGCCAGGCUGAACGCAGGAGGUGGCAGGAGGAGAAGCUGUCUCUGAUUGGUCAAGCCAAAGAGGCAGAAGACAAGAGGAACCAGGAAAUGAGGAAGUUUGCAGAAGACCGAGAGCGCUACUGCCGCCAGCAGAGCCUCUUAGAGUCCAAGCUGCUGGAGAAGGAGGCGGCCAUGGAGAGCUGGAGGAAGGAGAGGGACGCCCUGGUUGCUGCCCUGGAGGUGCAGCUGCAGAAGCUGCUGUCCAGCCAAGCAGAGAAAGACAAAGUCAUCAAGGAGCUGAGUGAGCAGAGCUCAAAGCAGCCAGCAGAGAUCAUGUAUGCGUAUCCCGUGUUGCGUAAAACUCCUCAGGGUCGACUCCUGAUGGGGCCGACUGAGGAGGCAAAUAGGAGUACGGUGGUGGUGGCCGGGAGGGCCCGGCGUAAGGAGGAGGUUCUGGCCGAGGCCGCUGCCUUUGUGAGGCAGAACGGAGGGGAUCCUGGUGACCAGUUCCUGGUUCUGGCUCAUUGUAAGAUCCAGUUUGGAAAACACCAGAACCAGAGGUUCCGCUGGCUGCUGGAGAACUCCCUGGGUUACGCGGUGUAGCUGGUCAGCAGCAUCACGGGGGAGGAGGAGAGGGAGGAGCCGCUGUCGGCCAGCAAACA